AUGAACAACGAUGUUGCUCCGGACUUCCUGCUGGCCAGUGGAGGUUGGAAAGAUGGCCAUCUAUGUGAAAUCAUAGUUGAAGAUACUGAGGAAACCACAUUGUGGAAAAAGGUGGAGAAGGAAAAGAAAAAGGCAAAGGCAAAGGCACCAGAACCUCCACCCCCAAAACCAAAACCAAAGCCACCGCCUAAUAAGGUAGUGGCAGCCACAAAGAUCCAGGCCUGGUGGCGCGGGACGCUGGUGCGCCGCACGCUACUGCACGCAGCCCUCAGAGCGUGGAUCAUUCAGUGCUGGUGGAGGCAGACGCUGGCGAGGCUGCUGACGAAGAAGCGGCGGGCGGCGCUGGAUACCUACGCACGGCAAACAUGGGCGGCCAGCAGGCUGCAGGCCUGGGUACGCAUGUGGCGCAUCCGCCGGCGUUACUGUCGUUUGCUGAAUGCUGUCCGCAUUAUCCAGGUCACUUGGCGCUGGCAUAAUUGUCAUACCCGCGGCCCUUUCCGAGGCAGCUAUGAGCUCACAGCAACCCACCUAAGACUUCAGCUUGACAUCUUUCUGGGAUCACAGAUAUGUCGAAUUACAGACUGCAUCCCCUUCCCAAUAAAGAACUGA